AUGCUUAUUAGUACGAGUCAUCAAGAUCUAUUUUUCAAAGGUGAACAUCCAGACAAUAAUCAGUUGGAAACAAUCGGUUCUAUGAAUAUGAUUAUUAUUGUUACACUCUUUUUUAUUGGUGCAAUUCAAACAAUAAUCUUAUCCACCGUUGUACUUUCUCUAUUCAUAAUUCCCAUAGGUGUGUGUCCCUUAUCAUGUGUCCGUAUGGCAAUGAUAGCGUACUGUUUAGCUGUUCAACAUAAUAUAACAAUAAAAAGUCUGGCUGUUAUUGUUGCUAUAUCAUUAUCGUAUAAACCAUUAUCAUCUAAACAUAAACGAUUUAUUCCUUAUACAUUAUUGGGCGACAAUCGUACUAUGCGUUUUGGUGAUAAAGCUUGUUCGAAAGGUCCUCAAUGUCAAAAUCGUGAUUUGGAACAUAUUUUCAUAUUUCAUUUCAAAGGUUAUAAUCCACAAUUACGGUUUUUUGAUCUUGAACAAACAAUGCCUGGAAAAAAUCUUUAUAUUGGAUUUUAUCAAACGGAUCCGAAGUCAGCUAUGCUAAUUGCUCAAUCAAGAGAAGGAACAGAACGAAAAACGAAUCGUCAUGUUGCUUUUAUAUGUGUUGACAUUAAAUCCAGAAGAAAGACAUUUAAAUCGUGGCAAAAAUGA